ACUGAAAACAAUUUUUAUUGUUACUUUCUUAUGAUUACUCUUGUGUGUUUCUUUCGUACCAUUACGUAUAUGUUCUUAUUACUUUAUUAUUGCUUUACUUGUAAUAAAAUAUAUGACGUUAAUAUCGUUUAAUUUUAUUGCGGAUACUACCUUACACCAGUACUUCAUUAAUAUUAAUACAUAACCUCUGCUUAUUUCGUGAUCAUUAACAUUUUGACAGUUUGCGAAUGAUAUACCUCUUUGUUUAAACAUUGAUUUACAUGUAAAUAAUUGUAAAUUAUGUAUGAAACUACAAAUCAUACGUGCAUCUGAUGCACAAUGCAAUUGCCGUGAUAUAACUGUUUAUGAAAGUAUUUAAAAAAAUGUCGGCAAUUAUAGAUGACAAAGUGGUUGCAGGAGCAAAAUCUGCAAACUCUGUCAAAGAGGAUCCUAUUGUAGCUUUAACGGAAAAAGUAAAUGCAUUAUAUUUUUUUCGAGAUCAUUACUUUGUGAACCAUUCUAUUGAGGAAGCAAUUAAAAAGAAGAGUGAUGUAGAGAAAGAAAUGAAAGAUACCAUAAACAAAUUUGAUGAAUGUAAAGGAUAUGAAAUUGAAGGAUCAAGAGCAAAAUACUAUUAUCUGAAGGGGAAAGCUUUAAAUGUUACAGAACGGUUUAUACCUCAGGCAGAGGAAUUAUUAACUAAAGCUGUAAAAUUAGAACCUAAUUUAGUAGAAGCAUGGAACGAAUUGGGAGAAUGUUAUUGGAAAAAUGAUGAUAUUCAACAAGCAAAGAAUUGCUUUGUUGGUGCUUUACGUCAUGGUAGAAAUAAAGUAUCUUUAAGAAAUUUGUCGAUGGUACUCAGACAAGAAUCGGUAUCUACUGUUGAACAACAAAUCCAAAAUAUACAGAAGGGUGUAGAAUAUGCUAAAGAGGCAGUUAGCCUUGAUACAACAGAUGGAAUUUCCUGGGCAAUUCUUGGAAAUGCAUAUUUAUAUUCCUUUUUUACAGUAGCACAAAAUCCUUCAACUUUACGUCUCUGUAUGUCAGCUUAUGUGCAAGCAGAAAAAGACAUUGUGGCAGGAAGUAAUCCUGAUUUAUUUCAUAACAGGGCAGUGGCUUUAAAAUAUCAAGAAGAAUAUUGCUUAGCAUUGAAGUCAUUUGAAAGAGCAAUGUUAUUAGAUCCAUUAUGGGAAACACCACGUAACAAAAGGGAUGAAUUGUUACAAUAUUUAAAAGAUGUACAAAAUUUAGUAAACAAUAAUGGAAAAGUAAAGCCGAAAAGAUUGUACCAAAUGAUACGGGCAUUGGAUGUUAAACAUUUGGGACCUUAUAAAGGUGGCUCUUUCACGUCCGGUCAGAAAACCGUAAAAUUAGAUUUAGUGUCGUUGAAAAAUUUAACCCUCGGAUUAAAUCCUGAGAAAGUUAUAUUUGGGAAAGUAGUGUGUUGGAUACAAGACACGGAUUGCGUACCUUUCGCAUUUUGUCUCGUUGACGAAGAAAAAACAUGUAUCGGCGUGACCGUAUACAACCUUGCCAAAGGUCGUGGGGUAACUGUUGGAGAUUCUGUUGCUAUACCUGAACCGUUUGUGAUUCAUCAAAAGUUUUCUUAUCUCGACAAUGACUUUGACUUCAAAUCUAUACGCGUUGAAACUCCGGUUAUAUUGGUUGUUAAUGGGAGGAAAUUAGGUAGAGAACAGCAAGCAUCCGCAAAAUUACAUACUUUUAAAAAAACUGAUUGAGCUUGAUACACAAAUAUUCGUUCGAUAAUUUGUAGCUAACAACGAGACUUCCUUCGAUUUAAAAUAGGAAUCAGUGUCACUGUCAAUACCUAAUGUGAUAUUUGAAUUUCGAGUUUAAGUAUUAUAGUAUAUUAAAUAGCAUUAACUAAUCUUACCAUAGUCAAUAUUUCGUGAGAUAGGUCGGUAUACUUGUAUUGUUGCGGGUUUGUCCGUAAAAAUAUUGUUCUAGUUAGAAACAAUUCAAUUAAAAAAGAAAAAAAAGACAUUUUAUACAAUUUGUUUCGUUCACGUCUAUACGUUCUAAGUAUUGUUACAUUUUAUUUAUGAUAUGUUAACUAGCAAAGAAAUCUCGAGUGCUCGGACGAACCGUAUUUAAUAAAUUUUUGUAGAUAGGGUAUAAGGAAUUUGUUAUUGAUACCUGUCGGAAAUGUAGUUUAAUAAUAAUUAUAAUUUUAUACAUAGCAUAUCUGCAAAUUUUUAUAAAAAUUAAUAAAUGCGAGUACUUUAGAUUUCUUUCUGCACUUUAAAAAUCAGUUAAAGAAUGCGUCGUAUAAUCGAAUCGCGUACAAAAAUACUGAUCUUUUAUAAUACAUUAUCGUACGUAUUUUUCAAUCUUCAAAUGAUUGUCUUUUGAAGAACCUGUUAUAUUAAUCUCGUCGUCAGAUUUAACUCAACACUAUUGUUAUUUUAAUUGUUUCAAGUUUUACUUUCACGAUGAAAGUCGUUUUUUUAAUAAAGUAACUUUUUUUAAAACAG